ACCACGAGCGGUACCGGGGAUACUUGAUGAUUCGCGAGGGCGACAACUUCGUGCGAGACCUUCACGACCACAGCACACCAGCGUACCACGCCAAGGCUGCCAAGUACCAGGCCAUGCUGGACGCGGUCUACAUGCGCAGUUUGUUGGCCCCGGCGUUCGAGGCCGCGGAGGUCACGGGGUUCGGGCCCAGCGUGGACCCCACGACGGGGGAACUGCGCCCGGGUCUGGGGGUCGACUUCAGGAUCACCCUUGACAGGCGGCGGGUGCCAGGGCACAUCAGCGCUGUGGAGCGCGCUGUCCAGGCCACCCUCGUACAGGAGCUUAUAAGCGUCGCACCCGUCGCCUUCACCCACACCGUCGCCGACGUCGACACCUUCACCCUGACUAGUGGGUGA